GCCGCCGCCGCCGCCGCCGCAGUGCAAAUCAUCCGUUCCGGCUAAAUUGUUCCGCCAUCACUUCUGCUCUUCCAUUCGAGGAAGUAGAAAGGUGAAUUAGGAGAGUGAGUUGUGAAGAUGGAAAACAGAGGUGAUCCUGAGCAGCAGAAACAGAAUAAUGCAUCAUUUGUUGUGAAAAUACCUUCAUAUGAAGAGGUGGUUGAGAGCUCCCAACCUAAGUCGCAAUCUUUAUUCAAGCCUUCCUCCUCCUUUUCGCAAGCUUUCAAUUUUAUCAAAAACACUGAAUUUUACACCACCCCGCCGUCUGCACCAGUGGCUCAGUCCUCCAAAGAUGCCCCUUCAUCCUCUCAAGGAUCCCAUCCAAGGCAAACCAUUCAUUCUGAAGCUCCAUCCACUUCAGUUUCAUCAGCUGCUGCAAAUCGGAAUGCCAUCAUCGUAAGCCAUAGACAGAAGGGCAACCCUUUGCUAAAGCAUAUAAGGAAUGUUCGAUGGGUUUUUGCUGAUGUUGUUUGCGACUACUUGUUGGGCCAAAAUACUUGUGCGCUUUAUUUGAGGUUUGAAGUCAAGUACAGUUUCAUCGAUGUUUAUAUGUUGGAAUCAAGUACAUUUCCUAUGGCAUGGUUUGACAGCACUCUUAUUCCAAUGUAGCCACUAUUAUGAUCAUAGAAACAUGUGUUUUUGGCACAGGCUCUUGAGAUAACAAUAUCUUGACACCAUCAUAUUGAAAUGCACCUAUUUGAUAUACCUGAAA